AUGGGUCUGCUCGAGGAUCUCAAGUUGCCCGUCGGCGUCCUCUACGGCGACGAUGUGUUGAAGCUUUUUACCUAUGCGCGCGAGAAGGGCUUCGCCAUCCCUGCCUGCAACGUCACCUCCAGCAGCACUGUCGUCGCUGCACUCGAGGCUGCCCGUGAUGCGAAGUCUCCGAUCAUCCUCCAAACAAGCCAGGGUGGUGCUGCCUACUUCGCCGGCAAGGGCAUCAAGAACAGCGCCGAGAAGCAGGAGGCCUCGGUUGCUGGCGCCAUCGCCGCUGCCCACUACAUCCGCUCCAUCGCCCACCUCUACGACGUGCCCGUCGUCCUCCACACCGACCACUGCGCCAAGAAGCUCCUCCCCUGGCUCGAUGGCAUGCUUGACGAGGACGAGAAGUUCUUCAAGCAGCACGGCACUCCCCUCUUCUCCUCGCACAUGAUCGACUUGGUAGAGGAGCCUGUCGAUGAGAAUAUCAGCACCUGCGUUUCGUACCUCAAGCGGAUGGCUCCCAUGAAGCAGUGGCUGGAGAUGGAGAUCGGCAUCACCGGUGGUGAGGAAGACGGUGUCGACAAUUCGGGCGUUGACAACGCCGCCCUUUAUACCCAGCCCGAGGACAUCUGGAAGAUCGAGCAAGCCUUCCGGCCCAUCUCUCCGUACUUCUCGAUUGCUGCUGGCUUCGGUAACGUCCACGGCGUCUAUGCUCCUGGCAACGUCCGCCUGCACCCCGAGCUGCUUGGCAAGCACCAGGCCUACGUCUCGGAGAAACUCGGCGGCAAGGAUAAGAAGCCUGUCUUCUUCGUCUUCCACGGCGGCUCGGGCUCCAGCAAGCAGGAGUACCUGGAGGCCAUUAGCCAUGGUGUGGUCAAGGUCAACGUCGACACCGACCUGCAGUGGGCAUACCUGACUGGCAUCCGUGACUACAUCACCAAGAACAUCGACUACCUCAAGACCCAGGUCGGCAACCCCGAGGGCCCCAACAAGCCGAACAAGAAGAAGUACGACCCGAGAGUCUGGAUUCGUGAGGGAGAGAAGACCAUGUCGGCCCGCGUUGCGGAAUGCCUCCAGGACUUCAAGACGGCUGGCACUUUGUAA